UUUCCCAAUACAGAACAAGGCGGGAAUAUUUGGCGCCAUUUCAUUUUUCUUAGCGAAAAUUCCCCUACAUAAAUCUCCCGCUCUCUCUUCAAACCCUAGCAUUCUCAGAAACUCCUCUUCGACAUUCCAGCUUCCAAAAAUGGCAGAAAAUCAAAUCAACUCUCCUGAGAUCAUUGAGCCUUCUCCCAAGAUUCAGAAACUGGACCACCCCGAAAAUGGCAAUGUCGAUGAAGUCCCCUUUUUCCGAGUGAAGAAGCUCUCUGAAAGCGCCGUUUUGCCCUCCAGAGCCUCUCCUCUUUCUGCUGGUUACGAUCUAUCCAGUGCUGCAGAGACUAAAGUGCCCGCCAGAGGCAAAGCUCUAGUACCCACGGAUCUCAGCAUUGCUGUUCCUCAAGGAACUUAUGCUCGUAUUGCGCCUCGAUCUGGUCUGGCAUGGAAGUAUUCUAUUGAUGUUGGAGCUGGAGUAGUAGAUGCUGAUUAUAGAGGGCCAGUUGGGGUAGUAUUGUUCAACCACUCCGAAGUUGAUUUUGAAGUUAAGGCUGGGGACAGGAUAGCUCAGCUUAUUGUUCAGAAAAUUGUGACACCAGAGGUUGAGGAGGUUGAUGAUCUUGACUCAACUGUAAGAAGCUCUCGUGGCUUUGGAUCCACCGGAGUGUAAAAAAUUUGCCCUUAACAUAGUGGUAUUAUAAUAUUAUCUAGUUUUAGGUUUAGUAGAUUUUGACUAUUAUUUGGAUUCUGCCUAGUAGUUGGGUUAGUGAUCAAGCAGUGGGAGAUUUUGGAAUUGUAUUUUGGAUCGGAUGUAUAUCUCACUGAUCUUAAAUUGCCUCAGGGCAUAUUGUUCUAACUUAAUGCAAGGAGCAACACGUCUCUAUUUGUUACAACUUUA